AUCUAGAUCUAUAAUAUUAUCGUAAUAAGAGCAGCAACUUUUUUUUUUUUUUUACCGACCGUUAUAAUUAUUCGGGAUUUUGCAGCGCAGGCAGGUUCUUUUUGUUUAUGAAACUGGACUCUGAACUUUGUUGAAGAAUAUUUUGACUGGAUCCAUAACUAGACCUAGACAACAUCUUUGUGUGCAUAACACGGAACCAGUUUGUCGCCAAAAAGAAGCAAAACACAACUAAAAUGUCUCAAAGGGAUCUGUUGCUGAGAAUCGUUGCUGCGUCUGUGACUGCCUCCCGCAAGGCAGCGGAGAUCGUCAGAGGUGUCCUCAAGUCUGGGGACCUGGGCAUUGUGGAGAAAACGGGCAAGAAUGACCUCCAGACAGAGGCUGACAGAGCGGCUCAGAGAUGUAUCGUGGCCUCCCUGCACAAGCAGUUCCCCAAGGUGGCCAUUUUUGGAGAGGAGUCUUUGGAUCCCAUGGAGAAAAUCCCAGAUGACUACGUGACCAAAGAUCUGGACCCAGAUGUCAUGUCUAAAGUGUGUCCAGAAAUCUACAAAAACGUCACAGAUGAUCAGAUUGUGAUCUGGGUGGAUCCACUGGAUGGAACAGCUGAGUUCACGCAAGGUCUUCUGGAUCAUGUGACUGUCCUGAUCGGCAUCGCAGUCAACGGAGAGGCCAAGGCUGGGGUCAUCUACCAGCCCUGGUAUAACUAUGAGGCCGGCCCGGAAGCCGAGAUGGGGAGAUGUAUCUGGGGCCUCAUUGGGCUGGGAUCUUUCGGUUUCACUCGUCAGGUGCCUCCCGCAGACAAAAACCUGAUCACAACCACACGGUCUCACUCUGAUUGGAUCGUCACAGAGGCUGUCAAUUCCUGCGAGCCUUCAGAGAUUGUCAGGGUCGGUGGCGCCGGACACAAGGUUCUGUUGCUGAUUGAGGGCAAAGUUCACGCCUACGUGUUCGCCAGCAAGGGCUGCAAGAAGUGGGACACCUGUGCCCCAGAGGCUGUCCUUCACGCCAUCGGAGGCCGACUGACCGACCUCCUGGGCAAGCCCAUCCUGUACCACGAGAAGGUCCAGCGUAAGAACGCAGGCGGUGUCCUUGCCACCUUGUACAGCCACCAGUGGUAUGUGGACAAGAUCCCGCAGGAGAUCAGAGAGAAUUUUGUCUCUGACACACCCAGUGAAGAAAUGCUCCAACUGAAACAGCAGCAGGGGGCAUCGGUGGCCGCAGGGGGAGACUCUUCUGCUGCCAGCACUGGAGCAAACUGGGAAGGAUCCUCGGUAGACCCGCCCGAGUACACUCAGAAGACUGAUGAGAAGUUUUCCUCCAAACCGAAGAUUUGAUGGCUAGUGACUCCUGAGGAAACAGAUGUGUGUCUGCUCCUUGUCUUUGGAGGUCUGUUGAGAAAGAAGGGUAGCUGACAAAAACUUUAAAACCUAUUUUCCCAUAUGGAGCCCACCUCAGAUCUAUUUGAACCAGAACUCUGAAUGGUGCACAAUAAAAAUCCUUGGAUUUAUUAUUGGUUCUUUUACUGUUAUCAUUUUCUUUUUUUUUUGGGGUGGGGGGGUUCCGGACAGGAAAAUGUGUAGCUGUCUUGCCUUCAGUGAGACAGUAGUGCUAGAUUUAUUUUACAUUGUGUUAACUCACUUUUCAAAACGAGUCUUUAUUUUUUUAUUUUUUUUUAAAGUGUCCUAAAGAAAUACAAUGUAAUAUGUUGUUUUGUUGUAUGGCAACGUGCUGUAAUAUCUAGUAGCUUUUUUACACUGCACCGCUUGCUUGACAGGAUAUGGUGGAAUGAGACCUUGUGUAGCAGUGUGUAGUGCAGUUGUGUUCCCUGUCUGUGAAUGUUCCAUCAGUUCCUCUUUGCUUUUGUGAGCACCCAAGGGCACCAUUGGAAAUUCACUUCUUUUUUUUUUUUCCUUUUCUUUUCCCCACUUCUUUUCUGUCCCAGUAAUUCAUUUAAAAAACACUUUUAUACACAGGUUACAAGUAAAAGCAAUAUAAUUUGACACUUUUCUUUCAGAGCGUUUUGUUCACUUUAUAUCUGUACAUGGGUAUCGUUAUUUGUGAAUGCUAUUGUGUAUCCAGUGUGUUUGCCUGAGCAUAUACUUGAGUACAUGAUUAUUGCUUUUUUCUUUCUGGUACAAGUCUGCUGGGUGUGACAGUUAACGUGUGCAGUGUCCCAUCUUAUGGAAUCAUGUUAAUUUAGAUUUGAGCUGUUUUUUUACUGUUGGUUUGACGAUGCAGCGAAUAAAAUUAAUUAUCAGCUUUUUCUUUAAUUUUUUUUCUUCUUGGAGAGUCAGAUAUCACCUGUGAGACGUGAAGAAAAGGAGAAAUGAAUAAAUCUUGUGUUUUUUGUUUUGUUGCACUGAAAUUUUUUCUUUCAUGUUGAGUUGUCUGCAUACUGUGAUUUUUGUUGUUGUCAUGGCUGCUACCCUGCAGAGUUAUACUAAUACUACAAUUCCAAGCGUUUUGGAUUAUGUUGACUCGUUGAGUAUGAGACCUGCUUUUUUUUUUUUUUUAAAUCCUGGAUGCAUAUGUUAUUUAUUAUUCACUGGGCGUACCGCACCGAUAGCUCAGUUGGCAUUAUGUUAAACUGCAGCACAAGUGACUGUGCUUCGAAUCCUCAUUGGGGUAUUCUUGAAUUUUAGUAGUCUUGGGCAUUUUAAUUGCUACUUGUCCACUUGGAAGGCAAUUGUUCAACAAGAAGUUAUGCCUGCCCAAUAGUUUUACGGUGUGGAAAGUGGUGUGAAAUCCAACAAACUAUUCCAAGCACAUUCUGAGCUAUGAACUUCAGUCUUGUUACCUUUUUUCAAUACAGAAAGAUAUGAAUAUAUAUAUAUUAAUGUAUCUCAUGGAUGAUAUGUUGAAUGUUCGGCAUAUAUAUAUAAUUCGUUUUAGGUGAUGAUAUUUGGUCAUAUUCUUCCAAUUGGUUCCUUAUGUUCCUUUCCCACUUUCAUUCUUUACUAUAUGCAAUAACAUUUUAUUCACUUUUAUUUUUAAUUCAUCAUAUAAUUCUUCAUAUAUAUAAGAACAGAAUUGGAUGACAAAAUUAUUUGUCUCUUAAAAUGUCACUCUUCGGGAAAGUGGCAAGUCGAGCAAGACCUCAAGUAGGAGUAUGAAAAUGUAAUUCAGUUUACUAAGCACAGAAUUUAGGUUUGAAUCAGACUUUUAAAUGUGUUCUGUCAAAUGCUAUUUAUUUGUCAGUUAAACAACUAACCUGGAGGGCUCCUCUGGUGAGCCGUUAUUUUCUCUAAAGUCUCAAGGAUUUCAGUCCAAAAUCUUGCAUUUUUCAAGCACGUUCAUGACUUACAAAUGAUUGCAUUGAUGUCAUCAUUCAUCGUAAAUGAGAGCCCUAAUUUUUUUAAAUUAUUUUUUGUUUUCCUGUAAUGUGGCUCCUCUUUACUAGAUGAGGUGGAUUUUCUUAAGUUGAAGAGAUGGGGAUUUUAUGGUUCUGUGGGUGUUAUCAUAAUAAAUAGCUUUUUUUAUGGCCUAUUCCUGCUCAACAGCAAGCUCUAUGUGCUUUACACAAUCUAUUAUGUUACCCAGGCAGACCCUAGAACACACAGAAAUAUUCUCGGCUUCUGGGAGUUGGUUUAAUUUUUUUAAAUCUGACUUGGUUAAGCUUUUUUCUACCUGGUUGACUUAAGGGUUUUUUGUCCAUCACAACAAAUUCAGGGUACUACUAUAAAAUAAAAAAUCAUGUAAUGUGUACGUUGCACUUUUGAAAUCAUUCAUUCUCUCCAUACUUCAUUUUCUCAUAUGAUAUCCGUCAUGCACGGAAACUGUAUAUCCUUUGUAAUAUCUAGAAAUUAGUCAAAUAAAUUACUAAUACCUUCA